AUGGAAGAGCUUCGUGUACGAGGUAACGCUCUUUUUUCCAACGAUCCACGGGCUGCAGCUGCGAUUUAUCAGGAGGCCCUUCAAGUGUACACAACGCUGGACGAUAAGAGCAAGGCAAGUGCACUUGAGGAGUAUACCAAGUGUGCCGGUAAUGCUUUAACAUGUCUCUUUAAGCUUGAAGAGUAUGAGGCUUGUGUUGCAUUAGCAUAUGAAGUACUAAACGUCAAUCCAUUAAUUGCCAAAGCUUAUGCAUUUAUUGGACGUUGUGCACUUUUAAAUCCGACCAUCACGUUACCGUGUCAAGCGGGUCCUUUGCAGUACUUAUGCCGUGCGGUGCAUCUCUUGCCUACACUUGGAGAGGCCACACUUCCUUUUAUGGAAAAGGCCCUUGACGAACUGCUGCGGGAGCGGGAUGAGACGCAGUGUGCGAGUGAGUCGGAGGAAGUGUGUGUGGAAGUGCGAGCGGGCGACUGCGGGAAGUGUGUGGUGGCCGGCACUCGCUUGCCGGCGAUGUUGGCAGUGAGCAGCACACUGCAGCCCUUCUCUGUUUGUGUCUACGAGGACGCGGCGGGGCGGGGCGUCUGUGCACACUGCGGGAUCGUCAUUGCGGUCCAUUACACCGCAGAGACCACAACAGGGAAUACACAUACAAUGGCGAAUAAUAAUAAUAAUAAUAAUAAUAAUAAUGAGAGUACUACUGCUACUACAGUCUGCAGAGGUUGUGGGUUGGUGGCGUACUGUUCGCCAGACUGUGCGGCGGAACAUCGACAACAACACGAACAGUACGAGUGCGGCCCCCUGCGACGACUGAGGGCCGUUAUUCAAACACAAUCACAAUCACAAUCACAAACAUUCACCCGCGAGGACUUUGCAGCCGCGGCGCACACUAUUUCUACCAUCGCUGCCGCCCGCAGCCACCGGCCUGGCCACGAGGCGCUGCGCCAACAACUGCAAUCACAUGCCGCCGUCAUUUCUCAGCGACUCGCACCACUCGUUGCCCUCACGCACGAUCUCUUUGGUAUUAACGCCGCUGACAACAGCAGCAGUGAAGAGGCGGCGUUUAUCACACACGUUCUUGGAGUGGUGAGAUGCAAUGCGCUUGAAGUGUGUGAUGAGACCGGCCUCGGUGUUGGACAGGCAUUGUAUGCAGACAGCAUUACAUCAUACUUCAAUCACUCCUGUACGCCUAAUUGCGCUAUCGAGGCAGGUGCAAUCGUAACAACACGUCCAAUUGCCCCAGAAGAGGAACUAACUAUAGCGUACAUACCACAACUUUACUGGCCUGCACGGCUACGGCGCGAAGAACUCGCAGAUCGAUACUUCUUUAAUUGUCUCUGCUCCCGCUGCAGUAGUAGUAGCAAAGAAAACAAUCACAAUACGAUUAAUAAGAAGAAUGAUACAUUUGAUGCAGCAUUGGAAGCAACACUUUCUUCAGGUUUUAAGGAAAAGGAGCGUGAACAUCUCGCCCAAGUUCAACUUCUCUGCAGUCGUAUUCGUGAUAAAGAAGUAGACGAGGUGGAUGGGAGUGACAGAGACGCAUUACUACGAUUAAUGAAAGAUUGUCGUCAACACCUCUUCCCUUUUCAUUAUCUCUUUCAGGAACUUCGAAAUACACUGACCUUUGUGUACGCAGUACUCGGUGAUACCGCAGCGUGUCUACGCAGCUGUCUUGAGGAAUUACUUCUCUGGGAAGCUAUUGUACCAGGUGCGCACCCAGUAAAGCGGUUAAAAGUACAAAAUGCCCUGCGUUGUUUGGAAGAAGAGAAUGAAGAUGAGAGUAGCAGAAGCAUUAGUGAGCCGUAUCUACUGCAACCACUUCUUUUGAAGUUCGCAUCGUUGUACGGCAUCAGCUGA